ACGAAAAAUUUAUCAAUCUACGUUCGACAACUGAACUAAUAGUUUUGAAAAGCAAAAUGAGGUUGUUCCUUGUAUUUUUUGCAAUUUUCAUAGUUAUUAAAGCAGACGGACAUCUUAAUUUGGACAGUCAUGAAUUGUUAAAGAUUGUCAAACAAUUAUGUGAAGAUACGUUGAAAGUAAUAGAAGAUGUGCCAGAUAAGAUAGUAGAACUUCGCAAAAUUAUUAAGAUACGUUCGAAAAGUCUACCUGUUUCGUUUUCUGCUUGUGAGGAGGUCAAAAAGCUCAGGCAUGAAAUUGAAAUCCUGUCUCCAAAGACCAUUAUACCUUCCAAAGAAAAUGUGUGUGACCAGGUUCUAAAUAAUAAUACUGUAGAUUUAGAUACGCAGUUCAUAAAAAAUGUCCAACAAGAUUUGAAUUGGAUAGCUAAUCGAUUGAACAGCAUAAUAAUACAGUACAAGCCGAUGCUAAUUACAAUUAAAAAAAAAUUAGAAAAUUAUACCGUUAAAUCUGAAUCAUGCAAGCAAGAUGAAUUAAACGAAAAUACUUGUGGCGCAUUGCUAAAUUAUGAAAAAGAUAUUUAUAAAUAUCGUAAUAAAAUUGAUGAAUACUUAUCCUAUGGCACUAACAUAGCUCAUUUCAUAGGCGUAUACGUAGAGAUAGCUUGGCAAGAUGCUAGCUCUUUACUAAACAAAUACGUUAUUUCUCCGGUUGAAACCUGUUUAUCGAAUGCGGUUUCGAAUGAUAUUAAUAUUGUCUUAGCAUAAAUCGUAAAUAAUACUUAUUUUUUAUUGUAAUCAUUACAAUCAAUAAAAUGUGUCUGGUUAAAUAAAACUAUUUGACAACUUGUAA